GCAACAAGUCAAAUGAUUGGGAGCGACAAAUAAUUCCGCACAGUAUCCCAUCCUCUCAAGUGCAUCCACUCAAAAGUAAAAUUUAAUUGUGCAGCGUCAAGAAUGAGGAAUUACUUCCUCGUGAAUGUGCCAAUGGACUUCGGAUUCACGGAGUGUCUCCUCGCGGUUGUAGUGCUCCUGCUCCUCUGGUACCAAUACCUGAUAUGGAAUUACAAUUUCUGGAGAUCGAGGGGGAUUCCCGGACCCCAGCCUGUCGCCCUCUUCGGCACCAUCAAGGAUAUUUUACUGGGUAAGGAUGGCCUCGGCAGUUACUCAACAAGAAUCUACAAGGAAUACCAGAACGAACCCCUGGUCGGCAUCUACUCUCGUCGCGAACCCGUUCUAAUCGUCCGUGACCCCGACCUGAUCAAGGCCAUCCUGAUAAAGGACUUCUCCAACUUCAUGAACAGGAGUUUAGAGAUUUCAGAUAAGCACGAUCCCCUCAUGCAAAACCUAUUCUUCCUCGACGCUAAAAUAUGGCGGCCCUUGCGGACGAAGCUCACGCCCGUCUUCACCUCAGGUAAAAUCAGAGAAAUGUUCUAUCUUCUGAAAGAAUGUGGACAACAACUGGACAAUUAUCUGUCGAAGGUCGAUGGGACAGUCGUGGAAAUGCGGGGGAUCACUUCCAAGUUCACUACUGAGGUCAUUGGAAUGUGCGCUUUCGGACUGGAGGCGAAUUCUUUUGGAGAUGAGGAGAGUGCCUUCCUGAAGAUGGGGAAGAGGAUCUUUCAGGUGGACCUCAAGUACUUCUUCAAGUUCAUUUUGAGGCAGUUUGCGCCGUUUUUGUACUCAAUUUUCGGCGGAUGGUUGAAGGACUCCGUUUUGGAAGAGUUCUUUAUCAACCUCGCGAGGGAUACGAUUGAGUAUCGCGAGAAGAACAACAUAAUGAGACAUGAUUUCAUUGACUUGUUGAGGAACUUGAGGAAGGAGCCCAGUCAGAUCGGGGAUAUUGAGUUAACCGAUGAGCUGGUGGCCGCUCAGCUCACGGUUUUCUUCGUCGGGGGGUCGGAAACAUCAGCUACGACGAUCAGCAAUUGUCUCUACGAGAUGGCGAUGAACCCGGAGAUGCAGGAGAAGCUGAGGGGCGAGAUCCGAGAGGAGUUGGAGAGGAGCAAUGGGCAGAUCACUUAUGAGGGGCUCAAUGAGAUGAAGUACUUGGAUAAGUGUCUCAGUGAAACUCUGCGGAAGUAUCCGCCCGUUACUAUUAUGACGAGGAAGACGAUGGGGGAGUACAUGUUCCCGGGGACGGGGGUGAAGGUUCCAGCGGGGGUCAAGGUGUGGAUUCCAGUCUUUGCGAUUCACAGGGACGAGAAGUACUAUCCGGAGCCGAAGGUGUUUGAUCCUGAGAGGUUUGCCGAGGAGGAGGUGAGAGGGCGGGAUGGGAUGACGUUUCUGCCGUUUGGGGAAGGGCCGAGGAAUUGCAUUGGAGCUCGAUUUGGCAAAAUCCAAUCGAAAUACGGUAUCGUCAAGAUUCUCCAGAACUACACUGUUGAAGUUUGUGAUAAGACGGAUAAAGAAUACCGAGUCAACUCCAGGGCCAUGUUCCUCACUCCACUCAACGGAAUAUACUUGAAAAUCAACAGAUCUGUAAUUAUGUGAUGAACUCAUUUCAAUAAGACAAGUAUCCACUCUGUCUGGGAGCAUUUGCCAAGUGCUAAGGGGCACAUUGGGGUAUGGAAAGCUAAUCAGCGCUGAGUGUGGUUACUUCAUGUGACGCAUUGUCACAAGAACUCGUUUACCACGUAGUACUGUGUUAAAUUAGACAACUGAAUUAUUUUUUUACAAAUAUUAAAAUUAACAUUUAUUUCAGUA